CUUCUACAACUCCCUGGUAUAUAAGGCUGACUUGUGUGCGUGAAGUUCAGAUCUGCUCUCAGAAAUAGCGUCAGUCAAGUAUCUCAAUGAUCUCCGAGAUCUCAUCGCAGGUUGGAAGCUAUGGACCUCCUCAAUUACGCCAAUUCGCUGCCUGUUCGUUCUGUCCAUGUGAUUCUAGUACCCUCGCCUUGCUUAGCAAGAUAGAAAAUGCUCUUCAAUGGUCCCUGUUAUCCCGCCGUUCGACGAGGUUCCGCCGAGCUUCCGGUGGAUAUUACCAACGGCUCUUGUUGUUUCUGCUUUUACAUGCGAUUCUUCUGUCUUGCGCCCUCCUGCUUCCUGAUCGGGGAGGCUACUGGCUUCUCUCCCCGUACUUAGGAGGGACGGCUUGUGGCCCCCGCCUAUCAUAUCAAAAAUGCCACAAUCCAGGUUAUUCUUUCGAACAUCCAGGAAAAAGGAUGCGUCUGGAGUAUCCAGAAUCUGAGCAAGGUCUGGGUGAUCAAAGAGGAGAGCCAAAAGCAUGCUGACUGUGUCUCGUCGUAAAGAGCCCAAGAGGCCUUUCGAGCUGUUGCCUUUGAUAUGUUUCGGUCUCAGUGCAGUUCUCAGGUCUAUUUGUCCAACCG